GCCAAAAAUAAUACAAGAAGAAGAAGAAGAACACGACAAGCCUAUGUCCUAACUGAGCUUUGGAAUCGGUUUUUGGAGGGAUUUCGCUCUCUCUUAGGACAGAAGUUUGAUCUCGGGACCAAUUUUUUUUUGGCUUACUGGAUAAACUUGCUUUCAUAUUGGAAACGGCGGAAUAAGGCAUAAACUGAAAUGGAUGACGACACGCCAGAUGAGGUGUUUCCUGACCUCAGGACCAGGCACAUUGGAGGUUGGGGUGUUGCACAGAUAGCUGCUGGCACUGGGCUUGCUGUCUAUGCCAUGUGGGUGGGAAUCCUUCAGCCUGGCUUCCGAAAAGUGCCAUUGAAGUUACAGGUCCCCUACAUCCCUGCCAGCAAAGGUCAAGUGAAAAAUGUGAUGACUUUGUUGAGAGGUCGAACGGGAGGUCUGGUCGAUUUGGGAUCUGGUGAUGGUCGUAUUGUUUUGGAAGCCUAUCAGCAAGGCUUUAAUCCUGCUGUUGGCUACGAGCUCAACCCCUGGCUUGUACAGCUAGCACGCUUUCAUGCCUGGAGAGCAGGUCAACACGGAAAGGUGUCAUACAGACGAGAAGAUCUCUGGAAGGUUGACUUGUCAAAAUGCAAGAAUGUCACAGUGUUUCUGGCUCCCAGUGUGCUUUCAUUAUUAAAGAAAAAGUUGCAGGCCGAGCUUCCCGAUGAUGCCUUAGUGGUUGCUGGCCGUUUCCCCUUCCCAGACUGGAACCCCUGCAGGAUUGAGGGACAUGGUGUGGACAGGGCCUGGGCGUACAGCAUGCAAGCACAACGACAGCACACCAGUCAGAAAAAUGAAAACUUUGGUGCAACAGUGAGUGACACUGAAAAUGAACUGGUUCAGGAAAAAUGAUCCACUUUGAAGAUAAAUUGAUGCUCCAAUUCAGAAUGGCAAAGACAGACUCAAGGUUAACCAUUCUGAAGUAGGAAAGUUUUAAGACUUAAUUUGACCUCCUUUUAAAUUAAAAAAAGUGAGUACACCCUCUUUAUAUCCUGAAAUGGUAACUGUCACUAAAACAUAAAGUGAGUUGAUCACUACAAAGUUGCCAAAGUUAUCUAAGCAUAAUCAUAAUUGCAGGUGAACAACAACACACUAAAUAUUUCACUGUGUAAUGGUUUAUUUAAAAGAAACUAAACUCAGUGGCCGAUCCGAGUAAAACUUGUGAUUAAAUGGCUUGUGCAUCCACUGUGGGCAGAAAUAGCAUCGCAUCACUGUGCAAGUAUUUUGGCUUUGACCUAAAUUUGCUGCUAUGCUCAGAAACACUUGCCUUAGAUUUAACUGUCAGUCGGGGUGUCUUUAGGUAACUUGGUGACUGUUGUUGCACUGUUUGGAAUUGUUUCCAGUUCCUGUCGUUGUAAAAAACACUCUAGUAAUGAAGCCUCCACCACCAUGCUAGCUAGUUUUCACAUUUUGUUUCGGGUGUUUGUUUGUUGUUUUGCCACAUAUGGUUUUAGGGAUUAUUUCCAAACACUUUGGCUUUUUGGCUUUGUUCAUUGUGAUUUUAGGACACCAAACGACAUCACCUAAGACGUUUUGUGGGUUUUUUGCCAUGUAACUGUGUAUCGGUGUUAGUCUAUUUGUUUUAGAAAAUUACAAACCUACAUCCCAUCAUUUCUGAACAGUUUAAAAGAAUAUUCGUCUCUUAUUCAAGGUAUAAAACAGAUGUUGAUGAGAAAAAUAUUAUCCUGACAUUAAAAAUAUAUAUUUUGUAUUUACCUGUACACUUUUUAAUCAUUGCUGUCUCAGUUGAAGAACCAAACUAUGUCAUGUCUUUUUCCCAUGAUGUUUUCAUGGCUACCUUCUCUAAAUAAUUAGCUGUCAGAAUUUUCUUUUUUACAUGUGAAUGAUUUAUCUCUCUGUAUAACCCUUGUUAUGGAUUGAUAAUGGACAGCAACCACAGCUUUUCCGACCUCAUGUUCUCUUUGGCAUGAUGACAGACACUUGAAUUUUCCAAACCAGCGAACAGUUCAUAAUUUCACAGAGGUCCUCGCAGUCAGAGAUCACUAUUAAAAAAGGGGAUUUAAUCAGCAGCACAUGGCUGGAACUUAGCCACUCGAUUUUUACGGAAUCAGUCAGUCAGACAGGAACUGUUCACGCAGUUUCUGCAUCUUAGUAUUGGUUGAUUAAAUAGUAACACAAUUCAAUACCCGUAUAUCAUGCGUUACUUUUUUAUCUGAAUUGCUGAAUUGUAACGUGUAUUAAAGAGAAUGCUAAAUUGACUUUUAUUAUUGUAAGUAAUUGUAGUAUGUCCAAAAAAAGGGUGUACUCGUUUUUUAGAAUGACUGUAUGAUAUGAUCCUUCUGGCAAACUUAAGUACUUUUAUUGUCCUGUGGACCUGGAUUUAUAUUGUUCAUUUGUUUAUUACCAUAUUUCAUAUUUUAACGAGUUUAAAACAAGAACCUGAUGUCGGUAUGAAAUAGUAUCUUCGCUCUUGUUUAUUUUUUCCUGCACCAUGAUAACAAACUCUUUGUGUUAUACAAGUUCUUGUUCUGCUUUUUAACUUGUAUGCCAGAUACUGAUCAUUUAUGAUGUGGAUAUGUAUCAUAUUCAUGAACAAAUAAGAUCCAGAGUGUAAAAGUACAUUUUAGUUUUAAUGUAUGUUUGUGUUUUUUAUGUAUUGUUUUCUGACAGAAAUAGCCUUAUUUGUGAGGCAUAUUUACAUGCAAUUAUUUUUCCUAAGCUGUAAGUAAAAAGUGUCGCUCUUAUCUGUCUGUGGCUAAUAAAUGACCCAUUAAG